AUGGACGGAGAAGGAACGAAGGCUGAGGGUGCGACGAAAAUAGUGGAGCCACCAAUAACAGUACCAAAUCCAAGAAAUAUUCAGCCAACGGUUGCUCAAGUGACUGUAACUUCAGUGCCUGGACAGUCUAAAUAUGUGCAGCUCCUUAGUGUUAUUGAAGAGCUUGGCAGAGACAUACGUCCCACGUAUGCAGGCAGCAGGAGUUCGGCUGAACGAAUAAAGCGUGGUAUCGUUCAUGCGAGAAUUCUAGUCAGAGAAUGCCUCGUCGAGACUGAGAGAAGUGCUCGACAGUGA